CCCGGAUAAAUAGAAAUGAGUGACAGCGACGACUCUACUACUCUAGGUCUACGCUUUCUGCUUACUGCGUCGCAGUCAGUGCAAUCGUGGAAUCCCGUAUUAGCAAGUUAUUUUAGAAUACAAACCCUUUCUCGAUCUGUAAAAGACAGAGCAGUAACUGACAGCAGGUUAAAGAUUGGUCGUCGGAUGUGUCAAUAUUGUGGGACUUUCUUCAAUCACAGCGGCUUUGCGGUGCAAACGAGAAUUGUGUCAAUGAAGAGAACGAGAAAGAUUCGUGUUUGUCGUAAGCAGUUGUACAAAUACAACCACUGGCACAAUCGACUUUCUUCUUCACCACAUCGUCAGAAGGAACUUUGCACUGUCUUGGCAAAGAAAUGUCUUACUUGCUGUAGAAGUGCAUUCUUACCAAUAGGUGGGAUGAAACAAACAGACUCAACAAAACAGACUGAAGACACUCUAGAGUCAGGAGUCAUCCCAGUGAAGUUGGUCAGCAAGGAUCAAGGAGUUGCUGAGAACAAGUGUGAAACCAAGAAGAAACGUCGAUCUAGCAUUCACAAAACCAUAUUAAAUAUGAAGAGAACUUCUUCUGGAGGCAGUCCAUUACUAAAGGAUUUUCUCUCUUCCAUCUAGAAAUUAAUGGUGGUAGGAGUG